CUUCACCGACCCAGCCCACUACUUCACGCUGCUUCCCCUAAAGCGAGUCUGACCGUCCAGCUGAACGGAGCGUUAGCUGCCGUCUCUAGACUGUAACGCCGCUCUCAACGUUUUUCGCGACUCGAUGGAAGAGGAGAUUCCAUCAGAUUGUGACGCACACGGAACAUCAGAGCCAGACCCCAGCAUGGAAAGGAUGUCCAUGACCGAGUCAGUCCUGGAGGGAAUGAACAUGCUGGACGAUGUUCUUGAACAAGCAUCCUCCCCAGACAUGGACCAGUACAAGGAACCGGAGCAAGAGACGGUGUACGAAGUAGAACGUGAGGAGAGCGAGGUACCGUCUGAGUCCAAAAGGGAGACUGUCUAUGAAGUGGAACCAGAGCCAGCUUCAAUCAGACUAUCGGAGCCAAAACCGAGCCAACAGGCUGGUGAAUCUGUGCCAGUUUCAGACCCAGGGGCGGAUUUGGACCCAGUAGAAACAUCUCCAGUGCGGGAGAGCCCCUCUGUGCCAGAUUCAGUCUUGGAAGAGCCAUCAACACAAGAACUGGGCGUCCCAGAAGGACCUGUGCCAGUUAUGGACACUCAAGACGUCUCAUUGCCAAGUGGAGAUGCUCUGUUGGCGGACCUUGAGUCCACCACUUCUCACAUUUCAAAGCGGCCAGUGUUCCUGCCUGACGAGACGCCCUACUCCUUCCCCACCGGAGGAAACGCCUACCCCGAGGUCUCAGCCACACCUCCGGUGCCGCCUCAUCCCACCGCCGAGGCGUUGAACGGCACCGUGCUAGACCCUCCUGACUCACACCGCUCCUCCACACAGUCGAUCGGGUCAGCCCAGAAAAGCACCUGGUCCAGAGACAGUAGCAGUCCCCCUCUUUCUCACGGCGAGGAGGAUCACGUAUAUAGUUUUCCCAAUAAGCAGAAGACUACUGACUCUGCAGCCGCAGGCAUGAGCUCAUCUCUGGGCAGUAACCUGUCGGAGCUGGAUCGGCUGCUCUUGGAACUGAACGCCGUGCAGCACAGCACACCCUCCUUCCCCGUCGAGGAAGCACCCCCUGCCCUCCCCUCCAGCAGCGUCACCACACAGAAUGGCAUCUCGCCCCCUGGCAAAGCCCCCCCUCCUACUCUGGAGAAGCCCAAACGUAACGCAGCCGGCCGGGGAAUCGAGGAUGUGCGGCCCAGUGUGGAGAGCCUACUGGACCAGCUGGAGAGCUCAGUGCCAACCCCAGUCCCCGCCCCCUCAGUGGCCACAGUGGAGUUGAGUGACGGCCAGGAGGAAACGCCUUCCCAGCAACAGGCCCGAAUCUCUGCCUCCUCAGCCACACGAGAGCUCGAUGAGCUCAUGGCCUCGCUCUCCGACUUUAAAGUCCAAAGCAAUUCUGGUUCUCAGUGGUCUGUGAAUCUGGAACCUUUAUCCCCUCCAACCACUGAUCCCCCUGCAGAAUCACCUGCUCCUGAUACCUCAGUGUCAGGUCUGACCCUGCCUCCUGAGCCCUUUCUUGAAACAUCCCCUUCCUCCACACCGCUUGGCCUGGAGCUUCACAUUGAUGAGGAGAACCUGUCUGGGAGUAGUUCAAACAUCCCUAAGGCCUCCUCUCAGAGUGUCCAGUUUUCCCAGUCCCGUACACUGGUCACUGCACUAGACAGGGGCUCAGACUCUGGCUCCCUCUCCAUGUUCAGCACCCACACUGAGUCCCUAGUGGUAGUGUCCACUACAACAGGGCCUUCCUCUGAGCUACCUAACACAGAUUCCUCAUUGCCCCUUGCUGCUACUGCUGCCAAGGCCCCCACUCCAAUGGACUCCAAUAUUGCCCCAAAAAACCCUAGUCCAGUUGUGAUUCCUAAGACCUUUAGUCCAGUUGUGGUCUCCAAAACCUCUAGUCCAGUUACGAUACCAAGGACAUAUAGUCCACUUACUAUCCCAAAGACCUCUAGUCCACUUACUAUCCCAAAGACCUCUAGUCCAAUUACAUUACCUAGGACAUCUAGUCCACUUGCUAUUCGGAAGACAUCUAGCCCAAUAACAGUUCCUAAGACAGCUAGUCCACUUACUAUCCCGAAUACAUCCAGUCCAAUUACAGUUCCUAAGGCCACUAGUCCACUUGCUAUCCCCAAGACAUCUAGUCCAGUUACAGUGCCAAAGGUAUCUUCGAAAAGUCCUGUUCCAGUCGCAAAGAACCCCACUCCCCCUUCACUUGCAAAGAGCCCUACGCCCCAGUCUGGUGCCAAGAGCCCUAGUCCAAUUUCCAUUCCCAAGAGCCCAAGCCCUGUCCAUGUUGCUAAAUCCCCUAGUUCUCCAAUCAAUACCCUCAAAUGCUCCAGCCCUAUUAUGGUAGCAAAGAGUCUCUCUCCACCCAUGCUGAAAGAGACGAUCCAACUUGGAGGUACCUCUGAGGAACUAGGUAUAACCCUACCCUGUUCAGAACCCUUACUGGAAGAAGUUCUAGACAAACUUCUGGCAACCAGUCUGACACAGCCUGAGAGAACCUGGCCAAUGAAACCUGUGACUCGGGAACCCGAAGAGGGGUCAAUAAGCCCGCGACAGGGUGAUGAUGGGGCAUCAGGUACAGAGGAGGACUAUAGAAGGUGGAUGGAAGAUGGACAUAGCACGCCUGGAGAAGGGAGCCUAACCCCUUUCACUGAGGGAAGCUGGAUGGAUGAAUGCAUGACCCCAAGUUCUGGCACUGGGACUCCGGAUGUUACUAUGGACCUUCCACUCUCCCAGCCAUCAGCCGUGGAGCGUCUUUCUGCGUCUGGUCAACUCAAGUCGGUGAUCAAGCGCACCAAGGAGACAACCAACGUGCACCCCAUGUACCGUGAGGGUAUGAUUCGUCGUAAGAUGGGACCCACCCUCUUCCACAAGAGCAACUCUCAGGACCGCCUCAUUGAGGAACUGCAGGGCAAGCUUGGGAUUGUACGCCCCGAACCACGGCGCCGCAAGCAGCCCGAUGACUGGCUGACCGAGGGAGUGAUUGUCAUGUCUAAUCCGCAACGCACACGUGAACGGGGAGACGCGACUGUGGAUAAGAUCAUCAUUCCCCCCGAAUCUCCCGUCCCUCAGAGAAAGGUCCUUCCCCCUCCUCGUCCCCCUCCAGAGGAACGCCCAAAGCCUGUUAAAAAGACUCCACCUCCGCCCCCACCACCUCCUCCCCAGCCCCCUAGACAGCCCACUCCCCCACCCAAGGAACCAACCCCUCCACCUCGAGAACCAACUCCCCCGCCAAAAGAACCAACGCCCCCGCCGAAAGAACCUACUCCUCCACCCAGAGAACCCACGCCCCCUCCCAAAGACCCCACCCCACCACCCAGGGAACCAACACCCCCUCCCAAAAUUCCCACCCCACCACCUAAAGAGCCCACACCUCCUCCUCCCCGCGAACCCACACCUCCUCCUCCACGGGAACCCACACCUCCUCCUCCCCCUAAGGUCUUUGUGUCGGUGGGCUGCCAGACAGAGUACGACCCCCUCUUCCUGCCCAUAAACCAGAUUAUGGCCCAGGGCAAAGGGGGCUCCCCGACCAGCCCUCCCAAACAGGGGAACAAGCUGGACAACAUGCUGGGCAGUCUGCAGUCAGACCUCAACCGCCUGGGCGUGCAGACCGUGGCCAAGGGCGUGUGUGGAGCAUGCAAGAAACCUAUUGCUGGACAGGUGGUGACGGCCAUGGGGCGGACAUGGCACCCGGAGCAUUUUGUGUGCACCCACUGCCAGGAUGAGAUUGGCAGCCGGAAUUUCUUUGAGCGCGACGGGCAGCCCUACUGCGAGAAGGACUACCACAACCUCUUCUCCCCCCGCUGCCACUACUGCAAUGGGCCUAUACUGGAUAAAGUGGUCACUGCGCUGGACAGGACAUGGCAUCCUGAGCACUUCUUCUGUGCACAGUGUGGCGCAUUCUUUGGGCCAGAGGGCUUUCAUGAGAAGGACGGGAAGGCUUACUGUCGGAAGGACUACUUCGAUAUGUUCGCCCCCAAGUGUGGCGGCUGUGCCCGCGCCAUCCUGGAGAACUACAUCUCGGCCCUCAACAGCCUCUGGCACCCCGAGUGCUUUGUCUGCAGGGAGUGCUUCACGCCCUUCAUCAACGGGAGCUUCUUCGAGCACGAGGGCCAGCCGUACUGCGAGGCCCACUACCACGAGCGGCGCGGCUCACUGUGCUCCGGCUGCCAGAAGCCCAUCACGGGCCGCUGCAUCACGGCAAUGGGCAAGAAGUUCCACCCCGAGCACUUUGUCUGCGCCUUCUGCCUCAAGCAGCUCAACAAGGGCACCUUCAAGGAGCAGAACGACAAACCCUACUGCCAGGGAUGCUUCAUUAAGCUCUUCAGCUAAGAGUGCGGCAGACCAGGCUUUGUGUGUGUGUGUGUUGUGGGUGAGCGGAUGUAUGUGUUGUGUGAUGUGUGCUGGACUGUGUUUGUGUGUCAUGAUUUUGAGGUUGAGUGGGAGAGAGGCUUUUUGUUGUGUGUGUGCUGGUGGCUAUUGUUCUUGAUCUUAAUCAGAUCUUGAGAUUUCUUUUUUUUUUUCGAUGCAUUUGUGUGUGUGUGUGCUUGAGCAUUAUUUGCGAAUGGGUAAUUGUGAGCGCGUGCGUGCGUGUGUGUGUGUGUGUGUGUAUGUUUUAUGAGGUUGCGGUGCCCGCAGCAGCAGAAAGUUUUCUAACAGGCGUGGAUAUAUCAGAGAGCCCAAAGAGAUUUUGUUUUUAAAUGUCAUUUUUACAGUCGUUUGAGUCGUGGGCGGCUCUGCCUCAGCCCACAAGCCCACUGAUGUGUAAAUGGCUGACUCGAGAAGAGAAGAUGCUUCAAACGAAACCAUGUCCCAGAUUGAAUUUCACUAACCACCAGCCACAUUUCCACGUGAACGAUUGGACCUUAACCUGCUUGAUUUAUAUAACGCCUUGAGGUGGACUGUAUACAAAACCUCUCCCUGACAAAACAGUGUUGGACAAAUCAAACCAGAUAUAUUUUUGUACUUGUGAAAAAGAGGAUUCGCAUACAUGUGCGCACACACACUGACUUAGCUAAUGUUACAAAGCCGCACACACACACAGAGAGCUUAUCAUUUCAAAGGCACGUGCACAGUUCUUUGUGUAUAUCUCCCUUUCUCCCUCCCUCUCCCUUUCUCCCUCCCCCUCCCUUUCUCUCUUUCUUUUAAUGUGUUUGUCACCCAUCCCUUUGUUCUUCCCUUCUGUGGUGCGCUUUCAACACCCUUCUUUUCUCCACUUGUGCUCUCCUAAAUAUCUGUAAGGUGCAUUCUGUGACUUGGUUUCAACUUACCAGGCACAUAUUUUUCUACACUUUUCCUAUGGAAAUUUUUCAUACGCAAGAGAAGCUCAGCAAACGCAGACUUUGUGACGCAUUUAAUCAUGACCUAACAAUUUUUAAAAGACUUUCUAUAGCGUAUCACGUGAAAUGUUACAAUCCUAGGGUAGCACACACACACACACACACACACACACACACACACACACACACACACACACACACACACACACAGAGGGACUACUGCUCCAGAUAUAAAAGCGCAUGUGGCAUCGAAUCUGCUCCACACUCUACACUCUCCUGGUGUUGGGAUCAGUUGCCGUGCUAUGUCUGAUCAUGUGUUGGUUUCACACACGCCUUAGUAGGCAGAUGAGGAAAUCAUUAAUGUGAACUUUUUUUCUCUUUUUUUUUCUCUUGCUAGUUUCAUUUGAUCAUGUUUAAGUGUAACUGUCCUACUCGGGGUGUGGGAUUGUGGCUAAGGGGUUUAGUGUUGCAUGGUAAAACCCCUCCCUCACUCCAGGGGCUCUGGAAGCCCCUUUUAAUACAUGUGACCUCUGAACUUUGACCUUUUUGAUCACUUCUGCUUCCUGCUGCUCUUCAUACUUGCUCUGGUGUCACUUUAAAAAAAACAAAAAAAAAAAAAACUUUAUUCUUCAUUGAUAUUCAACACAGACCUAUUUCAUUAAGUAGAGAACCAGUCUGUUUGAGGUCUGCGAAGCCUCAAAUGUUGGCUCUCAAAUCAGAUAGAGCCAUGACAUGGCCUUGAUAGGCCUGUUACUAUGGAGACAACUUUGACAUCACUGUAGACCCUAAUCUUUUUGUGCCCUCUUGUCAGUCUCAUGCGGAACAGGUCACAAUACUGGAGCAAUGUUUUUAUUUUGUAUUACUUUGUUUUAUUUAAUUUUUGGUCUUUUCAUUUUAGCUACUGUAAUGUUGCCCAAUCAUGUUUAGAAGUCUUAACUCAAGAGUCUUGUUGAGUUUUGUUGGGCAGGAUUAAGUAUGAAAUGUCUUACGUGUACAGUAGCCACUGUAAUAAUUGUUUUGGUCUAUUUGUUUCAAUAAUGAGUCAAUAAUAAUAAUUUUAAUAAUAGAUUAGAUUUACUUCAGGGUGACGGUGCAUUUUGUUUUUGUUUUGUUUUUUUCUUUUGUGCACACUGACCGAUGACUCGCAUACUGUAACAAAAAUAGCAUUUGGGAUUCAUACAUGCCAUAGAGCCGUGACUGUGUCUCUGGAUUUGCUGCCAAUUGCUUUGACACUCCACACCACACCACACAACACAGCUGCCAUUCAGUGACAGAUAUACUCUUGGAUGACGAGGCAGGAGAGUGACUCAGACACCGUAGUCCCCCACUGGAACUCUCAAACUAUGCCUAUGCAAAGAAAAGCUGUGGUCUCUGAGCGAGGUCAUGCAUUAAGAGAUGGGGAAGACCCAGAGAAUCUCACUUGGUCUCUUUCUCUCUCACACAUACGCACACAUACAGACACACACAUAUAUACAUAGACAGACAUGUGAGUUCUAUGUCACUGAGCCUCACCAUCAUAGUCUGUCCUUAUGACCUGUGCAACCUAUGAACUGGAUCGCUCGGAUUACAAAUAGGAGCGGAGCCUAGAGGACUUCCUGUGUCACUUUUUAAAAAGAAAUCAUUUCAGUUUUUAUCAUGUGCCGUUUUUUUAAUCCUGGCUUUGUAGACGCGAGAGACAAUGUUGCAUAUCGGAGUAAUUGUGAAACAUGUAUAAUCUCUACAAUAAAUGUUCAUUUACUGUUAAGUCAUACAGAUAGCUCCCAACUUGCUUCCUUGAGCAGGGCAAGAGCCAGAACAACAACAAAAAUAUUUAUAUACUAAAUAUUGAUUUAUUAAAUUGGUUUUAAUGAAUACAUAUUUAGUAAUCAUGAGAGGUAUAAGGUGAUUUAUUUUUAUUCUCUGUUUUUCUUUCUGGAUAUAAACAGAAACAAGAAAAGAAUGCUUGUGCCAAAAUGUCAAUGCAAUGUCUUUUACACUGUGUUGAGUUGAAAGGGGCGGUCACGCUUUGCGUUGUGAGCGGAUUGGUCCGGCCAUUAUGAUGUCACACGUGGAGCCUGGGUUCCCCAGUCAGUCAUCUUCUCAUUAUUCAUGUUCAAUUGUUUUUUUGUUUUUUUUCUAAACAAGUCACUGGAGGAGUAAUGUUGUGAGGUAUGUGAAUGAAUACACAAAGGAACAGCUCUAUAGGCAUCAGGAGAUGUGGACAGUUGCUGCCCUCUUCAUAAUGCUACUGGGAGUAGUGUUAUGCUUCCCAGAAAUAAAACAGUGAACGUCUGGAAGGGAGAGUGUCACACAUUAAACCUGCUUAUCUUGUACUAGAUGACCACAGGUCUGGGGAAGCCGAUUUAGCUUGACCGUGACUGUACAUUUAGUUGGUUAUUGUAUGAGGCAGUACUUUUUCUGUUAGUAGCAGCUAUGGGUGGAUGGAGGGGCAGGCAGUCAGGUACAUGCGAGCCAAUGGAGCUGUGCCUUAGGGAGGAGGAACAGCGAUGAGGAGGGAGUGUUGGGGCUGACAUUAAUGUCCAGCUGUUUACACCAUUAUGUGAUCACGGGUUGAUUAUACUAUUUUCAGACUGUCGUGGGCCUUGCCUUGAAUCAUGCAUUUCUUUUUUUACCUCUGCUAACCUUGCUUUUUGAGGAAAUCACUGCCUUUGGUCCUUCCUCGUCAACCCUAUCCAAUAUCGUAUUAAUACAGCCAAAGGGAACCACCCCUUUUUACCUCUGUCGAAUCCCAUCUUUUCUGGUAUUGUUUUCAGUUCUAGGUGUUUUCUGAUAACUUCUGUAUAAAUCCUGAUUGAAUUUCUGUACAGGGUUUGUGACCCUGGAGAGCUUAUGCAUUUAAAAUUUCAUGUGAUCAAUGCCAAUAAAGAAAAUCUAUUCUCGA